CAAUCUUUAACCCUAAUCUCUCUUUCUUCAGCCUCUUCACUCAUAGAUAUUUUCCUUUUCUUUUUUGGCUAAUUUUUUUUCCUUUGCAGCAGCCUCUCAAAAUUUCCCUCUCCCCAAACCCUAACCCUAAAACCUCAAACCAUCUCUUAACAGAUUAGCAGGAUGGGAGAGACUAGGGACAACGAGUACGAGGAUGAGCUUCUCGACUAUGAAGAAGAGGAUGCCCAAGCUCCCGACUCUGUGGCUACAAAAGCCAAUGGCGAAGCCGCCAAGAAGGGCUAUGUAGGAAUUCACAGUUCAGGAUUCAGGGACUUCCUAUUGAAGCCAGAGCUUCUUCGAGCAAUCGUGGACUCUGGAUUUGAGCAUCCGUCAGAAGGUUCCUUCGAUACGAUUUUCUUUGGUUCUUCAUCAGUGCAACAUGAAUGUAUACCCCAAGCUAUUCUGGGCAUGGAUGUGAUUUGCCAAGCUAAAUCUGGGAUGGGGAAGACUGCUGUUUUUGUUCUGUCAACUUUACAGCAAACUGAACCAAACCCGGGUCAAGUUACUGCACUUGUUUUAUGUCAUACUAGAGAGUUAGCUUAUCAGAUCUGCCAUGAGUUUGAAAGGUUCAGUACUUACCUGCUUGAUAUCAAGGUUGCUGUCUUUUAUGGUGGUGUUAAUAUCAAAAGUCACAAAGAUUUGCUGAAAAAUGAAUGUCCUCAAAUUGUUGUUGGCACACCAGGAAGAAUAUUGGCUCUCGCAAGAGAUAAAGACCUCUCAUUGAAGAAUGUGAGGCAUUUUAUCCUUGAUGAAUGUGACAAGAUGCUUGAAUCACUUGAUAUGAGAAGAGAUGUGCAGGAAAUAUUCAAGAUGACUCCUCAUGAUAAGCAAGUUAUGAUGUUUUCAGCUACACUCAGCAAAGAAAUCCGUCCGGUCUGCAAGAAAUUUAUGCAAGAUCCUAUGGAAAUAUAUGUUGACGACGAGGCCAAGUUGACUCUUCAUGGUCUUGUACAACACUACAUCAAAUUGAGUGAGCUGGAGAAGAAUCGGAAGCUGAAUGACCUCCUUGACGCUUUGGACUUUAAUCAAGUAGUUAUAUUUGUCAAAAGUGUAAGCAGGGCUGCAGAGUUGAACAAGUUACUUGUUGAAUGUAAUUUUCCCUCUAUAUGCAUUCAUUCUGGCAUGUCCCAGGAGGAAAGGUUGACGCGUUACAAGGGUUUCAAGGAGGGGAAUAAGAGGAUUCUUGUGGCCACAGAUUUGGUUGGAAGAGGAAUUGACAUUGAGCGAGUUAAUAUUGUCAUCAAUUAUGACAUGCCGGAUUCUGCUGAUACGUAUCUUCACAGGGUUGGUAGAGCUGGUAGGUUUGGCACUAAGGGUCUUGCGAUCACUUUUGUCUCCUCUGCAUCUGAUUCGGAUAUUCUUAAUCAGGUUCAAGCUAGGUUUGAGGUGGAUAUAAAGGAACUUCCGGAGCAGAUUGAUACAUCUACAUACAUGCCAUCAUGAUGGAAUGGAGGGAGUGCUUUUGAAAUUAAAUUUGGAUGUGGGGUGCUGCAGGACCUGUACAACGGUUGACGUAUGUGGCCUUGGAGAGACCUAGUCAGAUAGACUCUUAUUCUCUGUCAUUUUAUACUUCUUAGAGUUACAUCUAAGACCACGAUUCUGCUGCUUUUGGGAAUUUUAACCUACUACUACUAGUACCUUUUUUCUUCAUUGUAUUAAACUGCUUAUGAACUUGUGGUGUUAAUUUGGUGUUGCAGAUUAGAUUCUUAGACAAAAUUCAGAGGUGAUAUUUUGUGUUUUAAUUUAUUAUGUUGGGCUUAUUAGGUGUGCAUAUUAUUGUUGGUUUAUCGAUACCUGAAUGGAGUUGUAGUUGUGGAUGGAUGGUUUCUAAUUUAUACGAAAAUGUCAGAUUUAACUAAA